GAAUUUGCUCUCCCAUGAGUUCGACUCCGAUCGCUGACCUUCCCGUGGUUGACCUCGCCAAGUUCAUCGGCGUGACGGACGUGAAGGCCGCCGAUGUCGUGGCUGAGUGCAACAAGGUCGCGGAAUGCCUGCACAAGUUUGGCGUGUUGGUCGUGCGCGAUCCGCGCGCGACUGAAGCCGACAACAACCGCUUCUUGGAUUUGAUGGAACGCUACUUCGAACGCACUGACUUUGUCGAAGAUGCACGACCUGAAUACAGCUACCAAGUGGGCGUGACUCCCGAACAGCAAGAAAAGGCGCGCAACCAUUGCACACGCGCCGAAGGGUUGGCGAAAGAACACCGCCCCAUCACGCUGUGCCCUCCGGAAUUGGACAAGAAGAGUCGAUUCUUUUGGCGUGCCGGUCCUCGUCCCGAGAACUCUCAAUUCACGGAACUCAAUGCCGAACCAGUAGUCCCCAAGGCAUUUCCAGAAUGGGAAGAAGUGAUGAACAUGUGGGGCAACAAGAUGCUCGCGGCGAUCCAUGAAAUCGUUCAAAUGGCGGCACUCGGCUUGGGCCUGGAACAAGAUGCAUUUGCCCGACACAUGAACGUCGCUCCGCAUUUACUCGCUCCAACCGGCAGCAACUUUAACAAGUACCACACGCUCCACGACGUCUUGGCUGGUUACCACUAUGAUCUCAACUUGUUGACAAUUCAUGGCAAAUCUCGCUUCCCUGGCCUGUACAUCUGGCUUCGCAAUGGCGAAAAGGCGUUGGUUCGCGUUCCUGAUGGGUGCCUCCUCGUCCAAGCUGGCAAGCAGAUCGAGUACCUCACUGGCGGCUACCUGGAAGCUGGCUUCCACGAAGUUGUAGUGUCAGAAGAGACGUUAGCUGUGAUCGAAGCGAGCAAGGCCGCCAAGAAGAGUCUCUGGCGCGUAUCAUCGACGCUGUUCUCCCAUAUCAACUCGGACGACACACUGCAGCCCCUCGGCCGCUUUGCCACACCUGACCGGUUGGCCAGGUACCCUCCCAUGCUCACGGGCCACCAAGUGCGUCAAGAGCUCGCUCACAUCGAGCUCGGCACCGGAUUCACCCUACAUCGCGACAACGCAUAACUCAAAGCAAUCUUGUGAGCAUUGUCGUUGGAUUGUGAAGGUCAGUUUUGAUUGGAUACCCACAAUGGUAUUUGCAAUUUUAACCAAUCAAUCAUCAUUCCUGACGACAAUUGAAAGCUGUGCAUGCUUG